GAGGCCACGCAGGAGUGAGAUGGGGACACGGAGCUGAGCGCCCGCGGUAAGGCCCUGUGGGACAGCAGGGGUCAGCGGGCUGCACCAGGCUGCUCCGGGCCUCAGUUUCCCUAAGGAUGCAGAGAAACAGAGCGGGAUUUGAUUCUGUGCUUGUCUGAAGCCAACCAGAGCUGUGGCAGCGAAGCGUCAUCUCUAUCCGUGAGCCAGGAGCCCCAUAGGACGCAGCAUCCCACUGCCAACCUUUGCGUUCCCCCCCAGCCAUCAUGGUGGGCCUGAAGCCCCCCGAGGUGCCCCCCACGGCCGCCGUGAAGUUCUUCAGCGCCGGGACGGCCGCCUGCAUCGCUGACCUCUGCACCUUCCCCCUGGACACUGCCAAAGUGAGGCUGCAGAUCCAGGGCGAGGUGAGGAUCCCACGCAGCACCAACACGGUGGAGUACCGGGGUGUGCUGGGCACGCUGAGCACCAUGGUGCGCACCGAGGGGCCCCGCAGCCUCUAUAGCGGGCUGGUGGCCGGGCUGCAGCGGCAGAUGAGCUUCGCCUCCAUCCGCAUCGGGCUCUACGACUCUGUGAAGCAGCUCUACACCCCAAAAGGGGCUGAGAGCACAGGGCUGCUGGCGCGGCUGCUGGCGGGCUGCACCACGGGGGCCGUGGCGGUGACGUGCGCCCAACCCACCGACGUGGUCAAGGUGCGGUUCCAGGCUCUGGGGGCACUGCCAGAGAGCAACCGUCGGUACAGCGGCACCGUGGAUGCCUACAGGACCAUCGCCAGGGAGGAGGGAGUGCGUGGGCUGUGGAGAGGGACGCUGCCCAACAUCGCCCGCAACUCCAUCAUUAACUGCGGCGAGCUCGUCACCUACGACCUCAUCAAGGACACACUGCUGCGGGCACAGCUGAUGACAGACAACGUCCCCUGUCACUUCGUGGCUGCUUUCGGGGCCGGAUUCUGCGCCACGGUGGUGGCGUCGCCGGUGGAUGUGGUGAAGACGCGGUACAUGAACGCCAGCCCCGGGCAGUACCGCAAUGUGCCGAGCUGCCUGCUGGCCCUGCUGCUGCAGGAUGGCAUUGCUGGCCUCUACAAGGGGUUCGUCCCCUCCUUCCUGCGCCUCGGCUCCUGGAACGUGGUGAUGUUCAUCUCCUAUGAGCAGCUGCAGCGUGUGGUGAUGUUGGCCCGGUCUGCACCCCCCUGAUGGCCCCCGGCACCACUCGUCAGCGCUGAUGAGCUGCAGCAGUCAAUUAUAUUAAUUGCCGAAGCAGCAGGGAAGGGAGACAGCAAAGGUCCCCAACCCUAUGGGAUGAGAGGGACCAAAGGCAGCUCUGUGAGGAGAAUGGAGAGAGGAGAAGGAUGGAGGUGUUCACAGCGGAGCGGGGAGAGGAAGGAAGGAAGGAACGUGUUGAGGUUCUCCAGAUGGGAACGGCGGUGCUUCCUGGCAGCAGUGGGACAGAGAGGUGGGAAGGAGCAGUGUGGGAUGAGGGAUGUGGUGAGUCCGGGUAUUCCUCACUGAUGCUUCAAAUAAAUCACCCCUAUGGGGUCGGUCUCAGCAGGA